CUUCGGAGAUGCAGCCAGGCGCCAAUUGGCGCAUUGAUAUUCUUCUCCUAGUUACAAUGCUGAUGAACCACUGUUCCGUGCCUUUAAUUUUUUCUUCAUCUGCAGAUCGCAUUUUUGAAUUUGAACACUCUCACAUCUCUCCUCAGUGAAGUACCGGGAAUUAUGUUGCUGAUAACUCUCAUACUUGUCUGCCCCUGCAUGGGGGCAGCUGUUGUCGGAGAGAAGUGCGAUGGGAUCCGUGGUACUUUCGAGUAUUUUCCAGUCGAAGGUCGCACUCUUUCCGGCAGCGUAUACCGGAGGUUUCGGCCCGUCAGCUCGGCCACUUGCGGGCAGAGAUGUCACUUUUCUCCGGAGUGCGCGUCCUUCAACUACUGUCCGCGGAGCCGAAGAUGCGAUCUCAACAACAGCACGAGAGCUUCACGGGAGUUGAUUCAAGAUGAAUUUUGUAUCUACUACGAUGCUAAUAAGACAACAGCAUUUUAUUCAUACAUCCCUGGCCCUGGGCCGACAGUCAUGCCACAUGUCGUAACAACGCCAGUGUCGUGUUCUUAUGUGACCACACCAAUGACACCUUACGAGUACACGUACGUGCUGCCGCACGUGAAUUUGGGAACGAAUUUCCGUGUGAAUUUCUCAUUGCGUGCCCCUCGGAAUGGUAACAUCGCGCUGUCAUCACUGCCAAACGACUCAGGAGUAUUCUACGAAAUAAUUAUCGGUGGUUACACGAACACGAAGAGCGCCAUCCGUACGUGCAAGGCGUGUGAUGCUGGUCAGCUACAGAUUACUACCAACGGAAUCCUUUCAGAUGCGGAGGAUCGUCUUUUCUGGAUCGAGUACAAUGAUGGGAAUGUGCAGGUUGGGACGGGAGGAAAUUCUCCCUCCCCGAUGAUGAGUAAGAAUUGGUACGGUGGGCAGCGUCCAAGUACGGUUUACGUGGGCGUGUCCACGUGGCAAGACGCAAGCGGUCACUGGUUCUUUCUGGACUUUUGUGAAUGAAAGGCAUAUUGGGGCAGAUAUUAGGCCAAAAAAAAAAAUAAGUCGGUCUCUGGUCAGCGCGCGCGU